ACACCCGCACCCGCUUGCUUUUCUCCACAAACACCCGCACCCGCUUGCUUUUCUCCACAAACACCCGCACCCGCUUGCUUUUCUCGAAACCCUUUAGGGGAGGCCGGGCUGGAAUCCCCUCGGAGCGCACGUCCUCGCAAGGGGACAUUUCCGACACCCCGUCGCCGAGAGAGCGGGUUUCCCCCGGGCCGUCCCCUGGGCUGCGGCGGCGGCCGGCGCUGGGACCGCCGGCAUGUCCCCGCCGCCAGGGCUGGGCGCACCGGGCGCUGUGGGGCGGUCGCGCCUCCCGUGGAAAUCCCGGAGCCUCCAGCUCCGCCUCUACGCGUGUCCGUGGGCUGGGGCCGGGCGGGGGAGCAGCCCCGGCCGCCGCCGCCGCCCCGCCCCGCCAUGCCGCAGCCGUAGGCAGCCCGCGGCCGCUCCUAGCCCUCGGCCUCCGCGGCCUCCGGGCGGCGGCAGCGGCGGGCCCGGCCCGGCCCUGCCCGAUGGGCAGCCUGCUGAGCGGGGUCAGCUUCAAGGAGCCCACCACGGUGGAGGACUGCGACUCCACCUGGGAGACCGACUCGGAGCCUGAAGCGGCGGCGGAGCCCGCCGGGGAGCCGCGGCGGCAGGAGGGGGUGUGCACUGCCGCGGGAGGCGGGGAAGAGCCGGCCCAGCCGCCCGCCGCAGACUGCCGGCCCCAGGAGCCCCCGCCGCCCCCGUCCCCGCCGCCGGAGGAAGGGGAGCGGGCAGAGGCGGACGCCAACAGCCCCGAGCAGAGUGGUGAUGGAACUGAGCUGACAGCCAAGCCAAAGAGAAGCUUCUACGCAGCAAGAGAUUUAUACAAGUACCGACACCAGUAUCCACAGAACUUUAAAGAUCUUCGAUAUCAAAAUGACUUGUGUAAUCUCCGCUUUUACAAAAAUAAAAUCCCUUUUAAACCUGAUGGGGUUUAUAUUGAAGAAGUCCUAAAUAAAUGGAAAGGAGACUAUGAAAAACUGGAACAUAACCACACUUACAUACAGUGGCUUUUCCCACUGAGGGAACAAGGUCUGAACUUCUAUGCUAAAGAAUUAACUACAUAUGAAAUUGAGGAAUUCAAGAAAACAAAAGAAGCAAUUAGAAGGUUCCUUUUGGCUUACAAAAUGAUGUUGGAGUUUUUUGGAAUAAAACUAAUUGAUAAAACUGGAAACGUAGCACGAGCUGCUAACUGGCAAGAAAGAUUUCAACAUUUGAAUGAGUCUCAGCACAACUACUUGAGAAUCACUCGAAUUCUGAAAAGUCUUGGUGAGCUUGGAUAUGAGAGUUUCAAAUCUCCCCUGGUAAAAUUUAUUCUCCAUGAAGCUCUCGUGGAAGAUACCAUUCCCAACAUUAAGCAAAGUGCUCUAGAGUAUUUUGUGUAUACUAUUAGAGACCGAAGAGAAAGGAGGAAACUCCUGAGAUUUGCCCAGCAACAUUAUAUGCCCUCAGAGCAUUUUAUCUGGGGACCCCCAAGAAAACAGAAGUCAGAUGGAAGCAAAACAAAUAAAAAGCCAGCAUCUCCAAUUUCUAUUCACAAUAGUUUUACUUCUAAGCAUAAGAAACCAAAAGAGCCUAAGAAUACAUCGGCAAUCGGAAGCUCAGCUGGUAAAACAACUGAAGAAAGGAAGGUAGAACUCGCAAAAAAUGGCGAAGAACAUGACGAGGAUGAACAAGAAAUGAACUGUGAUGCUGUUAGGCAGAACAGCAGCGAAAAGCACAGUGAUGCUGAUACCGGUCAGCUUUCAAAAUCAGAAGAAAUUCAUGAUACUUCAGAUGGAAAGGACGACGCCUCUCAUGCCAAAAACGGUGGUGAAAACCUGAUCCAUGACUGUGGAAAUCACCCCGGCACUAUAGAGAAAGAUCCGUGUGACACUGAGAAUUCUUCAAAUAACGCGUCGGCAGAUCUACAAGAUAACCUUGAUAAGGAUACGCUUUCAGGGGGGACCACCACAAAAAACAAGGAUGAGCUCAGAUCAUGAGUCUGAGGUUAAUGAUCAUUAUGUUUCGUAUGGAAUGAAGCAAAUUAUUCAUUGUUCCUUCAUUUUGGUUGAAAUUUCCAUCUAGUGUAAUAUAAAAUGUUCAUGAGACUAUGCUUGUUGCAAAUGCAUCAGAUCAGGCUUCUGUUAGGUUAAUGAAUUUUAUUUUUUUCAACCUCAGUUUAUCAGCAGUCAGCCAGGUGUGGCUCUUUAAAACAAUCAUGUAUAUUCAAAGCGAAGACAUUUAUUAUCUUUUCCAGACAGAUUGCAUAGAAAAGCUUAUCUAUUUUUUUGCCAUUAAAUUCAUCCAGUAUUUUUUUCUUAAAAAAAAAAAAAAAAGCAUAACUUACUAGAAAGCCUUGGAACAUCAGAAUUUUUAAGUUUCUUUUAAUAUGCUUUAAGUGUUGAUCUCCUUUUAUGAAAUGACUAGAAAUUAUUUUAAGAGCACAGUUUUUUCCCUAGUAGGUAUAUUUUUUAGGAACUCUGUUCAUGUUUAACGGCGGUAUUUGCACAGCAUCUUUUACCUUAGGUUAGCAUCCUUGGUGGAGACACAUAGUAACAUACCAAAAUGUCCUAUGCAGCUGGGUAUCCUUGUACAUUGAAUAAAAGUUUGACUUACAAUGAAACUGUAUCGACAGCUUUUGGGUACAAGGGAAGUUGCACUUUAGGCUCCUUUUAGUCCCUGUUAAGUUCUCCCUUCUCUUGCCUCAUUUGUUACUACUACUAAUUUGUGGGGAGGGAUCUCUUUGAUGACUCAGAUGUGGUCUCAGUGUGAAAACUCUCUGCUGAUCAGCUGUAAUAAAACAAUUCCCCCAGCUGGGUUCAGCUCCUGGAAAGCCUCUGGACAGCUGAAAAGCAGCGUCUUCACCACGAAGCACUGCUUAGUCAUCAAAGCCAUCAGAGAAAAUGUCACCAGGCACGUCCAGCCGGAUCUUAGCUGAACUUGGGUGUUUGUUGGGCAGUUUUGGGUGAAGUCUGCACAAUGCUGGGUGCCCUGUUGCUGGUCUGGGAGAGGAAGGCCGUCCUGAUGCUUCCUUCCAGCUGUCCAUUUCCUCUCUUUGCUCUCUAUCAGAGGUCUUUCACAAUUUAAUGCUAUUUUGCUCAUGGGCUGAAACCUGGGGCAGGCCAGUCUGCCGGCUUAGCUGGAACCCAGCAGGUAGGAAUUUCCCAAAUAAGAUCUUUCCCAGCUUUCUUCACUGAAGGACUGUCUGCUUUUCCUGAAUAGCCUCCUCUGCCUUCAUGCCAUUCGGUCAAACAAGAUAGUACUCAGCAAGUUAAUUGUGUAGAAUAUGAAUUAAAAAAUAAUGCAGGUAGAACUCACACUUUCUACGGUCCUAAAAUAGUCUAAAACUUCUGUAUGUAUUUUCUAUUUAAAAGUGUAUAUAUUAUCCACUGCCUUUAAUGUAUUUUUGAUGAAAUGUUACGAGACAAGUGACUGACUGCAGUUUGAGUGUCAGAGUGCUACAGGACUUCAUUCAAGUCUUAUAACUCAAAAUGACAAAGUCUUCAGGGGUUUCAGAGCAUAGACAACAUGUCUUCUAUUUUUCUGUUUCAUUAAUUCCCAUCCUCGUAGUGCAUCCUCCGUUGCUUUCGCCAGGUAGCGCUCUUUCUUGGGAUUGAAUAGAGUGGUAGUUAGAGAUCUUAGUACCCGUGGACCAAAGAUUAGGCUCUUUCCAUCCUAAAGAGGCAGGGAAGAAGGAAUAUGUAUUCCUCCUCCUCCUGUGUUGACUUGUAAGGAAAGGAGCAUAUGUACAUGGAUUUUUUUAAGGGUAACCCAGAUUGGUCAAGGAGGUAUUAAGUCUGUCUGAGCAGAAGAGCCCCAGAGAACUCCUCCCGCAGCCCCCGCCUCUUUCAAGCGGGAAAGAUGCUGAGGAGCCUUUUAUGAUGCCCUGGAUUUGAACUAGGAUCCCCUUGUCUGUGUUUGCCUCUCACCUUCAGAGCAGCAGGGGACAGGAAACCCUGAGACGAAAUUGGUCCGUGUAGGUAAGGACUCUGACCCCACGUGUAUGCACAGGGAAGACAACUUUACGUGCUGCCUGUGACUUUUGAAAUCUUGAGUGCCUCACCGUGCCAACUUAAUAGUGUUGUUUUUACAUAGUUAUUUCUUGAAUGGCAUAGGGAAAAUUUAUACCCUGUGUAUGAGGAAUAUAACUAUAAGGUAGGUAAAUUGUACAGAGCCUUCGAUUUAUGGACUUUAGUAUUAAGGUUAAACACUUCAAAAAAAAAAAAAGCAUAGUGUUCAAUUGACAUAAGGGAUGCUGGGGGUGUUAUUAUAUUUAUACUGUAAUUUGAUUGAACAUCAGCGACCUCAGGAGAUCUUUAUCUACUGAACAAAAAAAAAAGGGAAAUCUUGCUGUAAUUUUAAACCAGAAAGCUCUUGGGAUGUCCAAAAGAUUUCUCUGCAGUACGGUAUUCUGUUACUGUGACACCGCUUUCACCUAUACCUGCUUGCUGGUUCUCCACUUUUAAUUAAGUACUUAAUGUACUUUUAAUCUGGCAGGGUUGUCUGCAUUAAGGGCCCAGUGUUAUCUGAAAAUAUAGUCAAGAACUUUUUCUCUCAUAUCCUUAUUAACUCUGCAAUUUUUUAUUUUUUCUUUUAAAUCUGCAACUCAGUAUAUUUCUAUCUGUUUUCGUAGAAGUGAGAAGAGUAGUGGCAUACCAAUUGCCUACAAAGAACUAAAGGGAUUAGGUAAGUGAGGUUUUUUGUGUCAGGUGGGCUCCUGCGCUCUCUAAUCUUUGUCUUACAGCUUUGUCAACAGAAUUACUCCCCUGGGACACUUCAGCUUUAACUGACAAAUUCUGCUCUAUGUAAAUUUUGAUGGUUUAUCGUUCUUUUCAUGGAGGGAGUUGUUUCUUCUGAUCUUGCAAGUGCUUAAAAGAAGGAUUCAUUGCCGGACAAUCGUGCAGUGUAGCAUCCCAUUGAGAUUUGUGAGGAUCGACUGGGUGCACUGUAUGCGUUUCAUUCCAGAAUCAUGGCCUUAGCAACAGAAGCACCCUCUGCUUGAAGCUUCUAAGUACUGGCUCUCAGGUUUACAGUACAAUGUAUGUUGAAAUGAUUGUAUUCUCAUAAAUGUCAGUAGUUAGUUAGUUAACCAUUACUUCAGAAACUGCGGAUGUGUAAAGAAAGUCAGGAUGUUUGCUCACUGGUAAAUGUGGUUUUGUCUCGCUAUGCGCUUCAGUGUUCAGGGGUUUCUGUGUACUUACUGCAAUAAUGUAUUUUGGCCCAGUAUUUUACAAGAAUCUGAGCUAUUCAUUUAUUAAUUGAACAGAACCUCACACGCAAGGGUUCUUCCCUAAUAAGUACAUCUGAGUAGCCUCUGGUUCUGUGAAGUGGGAGUAGUGUGUACAUAGACACAGCUAUAAAUUUGAUUUUAAGUGUCCUAUGGUGAGGGGAUACGAAUGCACAACUCGACAAAAUGUUACUGAGUACACACACAUGCGUGAAGGCAAUGGCACAAAUCGUGCAGAAAUGCAGCACUUUAAGAUCAGUUACAGCUCUGUGCCCUACUGUCCAGGAUGGGACUGUGCCUCGGUACCUGAUACUGUGUUGGCGUGGAGACUGAAAGCUCAGGUACAUGAGGUGUGCACCACAGACCAUCCAGAUAAGAAGAGCAGUUUCGCGUGUGGACAUAUCUAGGGGCAGAACUGAGUUCUUUGGUGUCCAUAUUGCUCCUAUUUAAAGGCGUGCUCCUGAAGGAUGCUAAAAAUAUUUGCAAUAAACCUUUGAGAGCUGUUCCCUGCCUUGGCCAACUCCUCAGUUUUCUGCUCUAAGAUUGCAGCAGUCUGGUGUAUUUGGUAUUUGUAUAAUCAUAGUUGAUAUUUCGCGUGAUCUAGUGUAAGCCUCCUUAAAUUAUUCCAGGAUAGUUUUAAUAAUCUGCAGUUGCAUAUACCUGUGCUAUAACCAGGAAGUUUACAGGCCUUAGAAGCUUUCUGUAAUUUUGAUGGAUGCUCCAGUAAGGUAAGUGAAGGGAGAUUUACUAGAUGGAAAUGGAAAACAGCUCUUGCUUGUUUUUUAAAUAAAAUGUGUGUAUUAAUUGAAAUUUAAUUUUAAAUGAAAGAAUAUUUAAUUGAAAAUUAUUUUUUUUGCACCUUUCUUUUCCUGGCAGUUGUGGUGGUACUAGUCACAAAUUAUACUAAGGUAUCUAUGUUUAAGUGAAUAUGUAACGCUUAUUACAGCAUACUUCUACAGGUAGCAUAUCAUUGAAUUUCCAUGACAAAAGCUGUAUUUAUGAAAAAGACACAAGUAUGUGAAGUAAGUUUUGCCAUUAAUAAAAGUGUGAAAAUAUCGUGCUAAUGAUGUACAUUGUCCUAAGAACUACCAGUGUGGAUCAGAACCAAAGAUGUGUCUAGCCUUCUGUCUUGCCUCCAGCAGUGGCUACCAACAGAUGGUGUGAAACAAAGGACAGAUAAGGUAACCACGUUUUUCCAUUUUUGAACUCAUGGUUCCUCUCAGCCUCCACAAUGCUUUGUUUUGUGUGGAAAAAGUAAUCUCUUGUUUGUCUCAGAUCUGUUUAUUCAGGAAUUGCUAGUGCGUUUGAACAGAGUUACUGAAAGCACUGCAAGAUGAACAGUAAUCCACUUCAAGUCAGUUUUUAAAAGCUGUGGGAAUUUCUAAUGAUAGAAUACCUGCUUAGGCAGGUCCCCUGUUUCUGUCCUUAGGCGUAUGAUGUCUGCUUAGGCAGAAAACCUGUCCUAUGUUGAUGACAAUAUUAUCUGACCUGUCCCUUCUGAAUAAUUUUUUACACAUAAAUCCUUUUGUAUGAAGUAUUAAAAGUCAGAUUCCAACUGCAGAACAGACUUUUUGCCUUUUCUAUCAGUGUAAAAGCAAGAUCAGUCAAAAGCAAAACCUGUUCCUAGCCCGCAUCUGAGUAAGGUACCUCUGGAUUUGGAGACACCAGCAUCAAUGGGUGUAAUGUUGUGAUCACGUAGAAGGCGGAAAUACUAUCCGGGGUUUUCAUAGUCCUCAUUCCACAUUUUGGUAACUUAUUUUGAUAUGUAUCCCCACUUCCAUUUGCGAUUGGUAACUGCUCAAAAGGUGGUUUUGAUGGCCAUCGAAGCCUGAAAAUGAAGGAUGGGUCAAAAAGGCCUAAGCAUGGACAAUCUACCCUCCUUUCAUAUCACAGUCAACACCAUCAAUUCACUACUAACAGGGAUUUAGGUGCAGUUCUCCAAGGGGAAUGUAAAUUGUGUCUCUGUGCUCUGUAUUGCCUAUGAACUUUUCCUGAAAGCUGUGUUCCUUUUACAGCCCGUGUUCUUAAGUAUGCUUACUUAAGACCAUUGGGGAAAGCAAGAGUUUAUUUUCAAGAAUAUAUUUAAUACAUGCCAUACCUAAUGGACUCCUAAGCUAUAGUUCAAAAGCUGUAGAGAUCAAUUAAAUAGAGACCUCCUGGGGUUUUACACUUAUCACCUUUAUAUUUAUUUUCAAAAGCAUUAAACUGCUAUAAAAUAACAAAUGUGAGACUUGGCAAAUUGUUCUGAAAGAAGUCUCUUAGAAACUCAGCACUUUUUAAUUCUACCAUGCUUACAAGUCUAGUGGCAUAUUCAUCAAAUAAGGUUUAUUGUGAAAUAUACUGAAUGUAUUUACUACUGUGACUAACUAUGUGAAAAUUAUUGUUUUGCAGUAAAAAAGGUUAUGGCACUUCUAUUUUUGGGAUCUGCUGAAGCAUGUUUGCUAAUCAUUAGUUGCUCGUUUUUCUGUGUUUCAACCUAUUCCAUGGUUGUUUGCCCUUUAUAUAGUUUGAGUUCAGCAACAGAUGAUUAGGUAUAGUUUUGCACUGAUUGAUAAGAUUUGGAAAUAUCUUUGACUUCAUUGUUAAAAUGUAUUCUAAGAAAAAAAUGGAGUAAAAAGAAAAAAACCAAACCCCAACAAUUUUAACUUGCAAAAUGGAACAGCUACAUGUCAGUUUUUAUGAAUGGUUGGUCCUGCUCUCUUCUCUGUAUUCCUUUGCAGUGUUUAAUUACAGAAUGCCGUGCAUGUUUGGUAGUACCAAUACCAUAUGUAUGUGGUAGGAGUGGUAACCAGUUUCUGGAUUUGUAAUGCACUAUAAAGAUAUAUUUUAUAAUUCUGUAACUGUAUGGCAGUGUUAUGCCAAAAAAAUUGUAUAAACAUAAAAAGCAAUAGUUUAUGUUGCUUACUGCUAUAUUUUAAAUCGUUUGUAAAAUGAAAUACUUGGAUUUCCUUUCAGGUAAAUAUAUUUUUAAUAACAGCAGCCAAAACCUCUAAACUAAUAAAGCUUCUUCAUUUAGCAGCAUUGUUUUAGCAACAUGUACAAAUAUUGUAUAGCUCUAAUAAUGUGUAAUUGCUGUUUGGCGCUUGUUUGUAUAGUCUUCUGUAAAUGUAUUAACACUUAAAAGUAGGGCAUUAAAGGCUCUGGUCCUCCUU